AUGGCCAUGGAAUUGCCACAUAGGAUUUUGUGCACACAGAGCAGGGCAGGAGCUGGCCGCCUCAGCGGCGCAGGCUGCUGUGGAAGAGCCCAAGGCACGAGAAAAACCUUUCCACUUUCCGCUCUUGUUGGAGCUUCGGCUGAGCGCGAGUCCUCGACCCAGCUGGGAACCCAAGCCUCCCCACGAGCUGCCUGUCUGGCACAAAGGAGAAAAAAGAAAGAUGACAGUAUUUUGGAGAUCCCGUCAAUUCCAAAUCCUUUUCCCGAGCUGUGUUGCUCUCCGUUUACAUCAGUUUUGUCAGCCAGUCUGUUGCCCAAGGCAACUUCAAGAAAAAAGCAGGUAAUUAAAGUGUAUAGUGAAGAUGAUACUAGCAGAGCUUUGGAAGUACCAAGUGAUAUAACAGCCAGGGAUGUAUGUCAGCUGUUGAUAUUGAAGAACCACUAUAUUGAUGACCACAGCUGGACUCUAUUUGAACAACUUACCCACACAGGUUUAGGAAGAGCUAUAGAGGACCAUGAAUUAGUGAUGGAAGUCCAGUCAAAUUGGGUAAUGGAAGAGGAAAACAAACUGUAUUUUAGAAAAAAUUAUGCCAAGUAUGAGUUUUUUAAAAAUCCACUGAGCUUUUUUCCAGAUCAUAUGAUAUCUUUUCCAAGUGAGACCAAUGCAGCUGUAAGCCACUCUGGGAUAUUACAGAUGUUCCUAAGCUCCAGCACGUAUCCUGAGAUUCAUGGUUAUUUGCAUGCAAAGGAGCAGGGAAAAAAAGCAUGGAAAAAAUUGUACUUUCUUUUGAGAAGAUCUGGCCUUUAUUUUUCCACUAAAGGUACAUCUAAGGAGCCAAGGCAUCUGCAGUUUUUCUGUGAAUUCAGCAAUAGUGAUAUGUACAUGUCUUUGACAGGCAAAAAGAUUUCUGGAGCACCAACAAACUAUGGAUUCUGCUUUAAGCCUAACAAAUCAGGAGGAACCAGAGACCUGAAACAGCUCUGUGCAGAUGAUGAACAAAGUAGGACCUGUUGGAUGACAGCAGUUAGGUUGCUUAAGUAUGGGAUGCAGCUGUAUCAGAAUUACAUGCAACCAUAUCAAGGUAGAAGUGGCUGCAGCCCUUUGAAUAUAACACCUAUGAGAAGCAUUUCAGAAAAUUCUUUAGUAGCAAUGGAUUUCUCAGGACACAGAAGCAGAAUUAUAGAAAAUCCAACAGAAGCCCUUUCAGUUGCAGUUGAAGAAGGAUUAGCAUGGCGGAGGAGAGGGUGUCUACGACUCAACUCACAUGGUAGUCCUAUUGACAUGUCUAACGUGGCUAUACACAGAUCUCAGUCAUGGUUUCAUCAUAAAAUCUCUAGAGAAGAGGCUCAGAGACUUAUUUUGCAGCAUGGACUUGUAGAUGGGGUAUUCCUGGUACGUGACAGCCAAAGUAACCCCAAAACAUUUGUAUUGUCAUUGAGUCAUGGAUUAAAAAUAAAGCAUUUUCAAAUUGUACCAUUGGAAGAUGAUGGGAAGCUUUUCUAUACCCUUGAUGAUGGUCAUACCAGAUUUACUGAUCUCAUCCAGCUAGUGGAAUUCUACCAACUUAAUAAAGGAGUACUGCCUUGCAAGUUAAAACACUAUUGCGCACGAAUUGCUCUUUAA